AUGUUGGUGGGACAUGACUGGGUGAAGAAUAACAAGGUUGGCAACACCCUGCUGGGCAAACAGGUGUUUGAGACUGAAGACCAAUCCAGUCCAAUGACGAGUCACAACGCAGCAUUCACUAGAUAUGUACACUAUAAAUAUAUUACUGUGGCCAGUCCAGCUGACCUGUUUGCCUCAGACCUCUCAGAAGACACCCUCAGACAAAGGGUGAGGGAGUGCACAUCCCUGUGUCAUCCUGGACCUCACGCCCUGGUGCUGGUGGUGGACCCCAGUGACUUCGGAGAACAGCAGAGGUGGCGGGUGACAAAAAUAAUUAAUUUCUUCUCAGAGCAGGCACACCUUUGCGAAAAUGGGAAGAAUCUGAGAAUUGUGCUGCUGGGAAAGACAGGAGAGGGGAAGAGUGCCAGUGGAAACACAAUUCUGGGGGGAAAAGUGUUUAAAGAGGACUUUGCCUUUAAGUCAGUGACAACUGUUUGCCAGAAGGAGACUUCCAUUAUCAAUGGAAGACCGAUAACUGUCAUUGACACCCCAGGAUUGUUUGAUACCGAAAUUGACAACACAGAGAUUAAGAAGGAGAUUGUUAAGUGCAUUGGCUUUGCAUAUCCUGGGCCCCAUGUAUUCCUCCUGGUGAAACAGAUAGGGCGUUACACAAAGGAGGAGAAAAAUGCUGUGAAGACGAUCCAGGACAUGUUUGGUGAUCUGUCUAAAAUGUACACAAUUGUGUUGUUUACACAUGGAGAUAAACUCGAUGGAAAGCCCCUUAAUCCUAAGGGAGGUGGAAUAAGUAGUCUUCUUAGUGGAAUGAGAUACCAUGUCAUUGACAACAGCAAAAACAAUAGGAACACAGAUCAGGUCAGUGAACUUCUGAGUAAAAUAGAUGACUUAGUGGAAGUCAAUGGUGGUACGUGUUACACCAAUGAGAUGUUCCAGGAAGUGGAAGAGGAGAUCGAGAAGGAGAAGCAGGAACUUAAGUCCAAACAUCAGGCUGAAAUGGAGAAACUGAAGAAGGAGAUGGAGGAAGAGAAAAGGAGACAAGAAGAGGAGAUGAAAAGGAAAGAGGACGAAUUCAGGAGCAAGGAGAACAGCAUUAGAGAGAGCAUGAAAGAAGCCAAGGAGAAAAUGGAGGAAGAUCAAAGACAAAAGACAAAGGCAAUGGAAGAGGAAUAUCAGCGCAAGAGGCAGGAGAAUGAAAACUCCCGAUUGCGAUCAAGUUUUGCCCUUUUGGAUGCUAUCCGCGACUUCCUAGUGUCGCCUCCCUACUUUUGA